AGCCGGGACGAUGAGCACGCAGGUGGCCGUAGUAGCAGCCUGGGAUCCGCUCCGCAUUCGUCUGUCUCUGUCUCUCUUCUCUCAGCAGCUUUGACACCUCCACUGUCUCUUCUGAUCAAGUAUGGAAGCUGUCGGGCUGAAGCCUCUCUGCCUCUUCCAAAUUGUCUCUUGUUUCCCUCUGAGUUGUCUCUGAUCUAUUCACCAGCAAAACAAGCCAAAAAUGCUCUCCUACAUUUCCCUAGCCGUCCUCGUCGCCUCCUUCGUCGCUCCCUCAGCAGCAACCCCACCAGCCUGUCUUCUGGCCUGCGCCGCCUCGGUUGUCAAGUCGUCCCCAACCUGCAACCAAUUGAACGACGUCACUUGCGUCUGCAACUCGGAAGCAGAGGCUCUCCAGGCGUGCUUGAGCACCGCCUGCCCAGAAGGCGUCGCCUCCAAGGCUAGCUCGGCGUUCAAAAGCGUGUGCACUGCUGCAACCGCAAAGUCUAGCGCCACCUCCAGCGCUGCAUGGACUGCUGUGCCAACCGCAGAAGCCAACUUCGCCGCCGCCUCCGGUAUUGUUCGCUCUUCCGGCUCCGCCGUCAAAAGCUCCGCCGUCAAAAGCUCCGCAGUCAAAAGCUCAGCUGUCGAAAGCUCAGCUGUCGAAAGCUCAGCCGUCAAAAGCUCAGCAAAGUCAACUACCUUGGCCAAGUCCACCUCGGCUGCUGCCUCCUCCUCUGCAGCACACUCUGCUUCCUCCGCAAGCAACGCUGCCGGCUCCCUUGAGUUUAACGGCUUCUUGGGGGUCGCCGCCGCUGUCGCCAUCAACUUGCUUUAGAUAUCAUGCUUAUUGCAACCCUUUUAGACAUGUCUUAAAUUCAAAAAACCACAAAAUGAAGCAUUUUCAUAUUUUGUCAUCUAACAUAUAUAUUUUUCCAUCUAAAAUCCUUUUAUACCCUCUCUUGAUUGUUAUUUUUUCUAUAGUAAGUUUUGUUAACUUGCCGUUAAUACAUUUUAAUCUGUCUAUUCUUCCUCAC